AUGUCAGUCCACUGCCUCCUGCGCUGCACCAUUAGGCUAGAAAGAAAACAUGUAGCGACACGCUUUUUCCUGCAGAGAGCUCUGUCUGGAGCAGAGGCAGUCAAUGCUCUCAGACCUUUUUACUUUGCCGUUCAUCCUGACUUCUUUGGUCAAUAUCCCAGGGAGCGGGAGGUGAAUGAAAAUUCUUUGAAGAGGUUGAACGGCUAUUUGGAAAAUCUCCAAAAACCUGGCUCACGUUCAGUUCAGCCAAUGAAGCUGACUUUUUACGUGAGGGAGACGAAAGACAGCGGUGACCCGCGGCAAGCCGUCCUGACCUCAGGGUUCCGUUCAGUGAGCUUUGUCCUGCGUACAAAAGAUGUCCUGAGCACAGUGACAAACGUGUUAAAGUCCUGCAGUCUGCCCGUGGAACACAUGAAGGAACUCGAAGCCCUUGCUAAAGCUUCCCAAAGCUCAGCUCAAGCCGCCAUUCCUUUCUACAGACCCAUCAAGUGGGACAAGAGCUACUAUACCUUCACUGGCUUCAGAGACCCUGAGGAGGAACUGCAGCAGGCCACCAAAGUAGAGCCUACGCUCAACAUGUGGCUUCACAAUAAUGAGUCCGAGGCAACAAAAAAACUCAAUGAUAGUCUUCCCCGCAGAGAAGAACUCAAACGGCUAAAGGAGAAACUGUGCCACAAAUUUAACCUGGCUGACAUAAGGUGGCAGCGCAGUUGGGGAGUGGCUCACAGAUGUGCUCAGCUUCAGAGUCUCAAUCGAUUGUCCAUGCAGAAUCCGGAAGCCAUGCUCAACCUGCAAGGCCACACAGUCGUGUUUGCUGACCAGUCGGGGAUGAACGCCUCCGGGGACGUUAUGUUGGGAACUACAGAUGUUCAUCAUCAGUGGACCAAACUGUUUGAGCAGCUUCCCAGCUUCCGUGUCCUGCGGCAGCAGACGGAGUGGCUCGAGGACAGGAUCAGUCAACUCCUGGGCGGGAUGCGGGUCGUUCACGCCGAGAGGCUGGGACCGGUUGAGCCUAUUACCGAGUUCUACAGCGCACUUUGCACCUUCCAUAACAAUCUCAUAUCUCAGAGGCUUUGUCUACACCCCCGGAGCCUUGAGGGGCUCAGCAUGAUAUUGGAAAAAGGCUGGUCUAGUCCCAGUCUUCAUGAGACGGGGCAAUACAUCAUCCCCACCAAUUGUGACCCAGCUAAACUACAGGCCUUCCUUCAGAGCCACGCAUCCAUUGCCAGGCAACGCACUCAACACAAAAAAUUGCUGCAGGCAGAAGAGGACGCCUUGGUGAAGUUGUGUCUCCAUAGUCUUUCUCUUCGGAGUCUUUCCAAGGAGCCCAGCGUCACCUGUAGCCAGAUGAUUCUUUGCUGUAAAAAGUUGUUGGACCUGCGUUCGCCCCUCAUGUUGGGCCUCCAUGUUUUCGUUUCUCAUUUCUACUCGGUUACGCAGGACGGAGACCUUUGCAUCCCCUGGGACUGGAAAAGUUGA